AUGACAACCGCAAAGGUAAAAGACAUGAGAUUAUUCCCGGAUGCCAGCCAUAAGGCUGAGACUCAUGUGGAGAUUACAGCCAACAGCUCAGCGACUGGAGAGCCAUCUGCCGAUGCAGCCACCAUAGUCACGAUUGCCCGCCAGGGAUCCCAUUCAAUUUCAUCUGAUUUUGACAACAAUGAUCAAUUCUCUGUUGCCGUCACACCCACACUGGUAGAAAGCUCUACUCGUGAGACUACCAGCACGACCAUCGUCACAGUCACAACUUCUGUCAAGCAUAUUGACUAUCUAGGCAAGAAUCCUUCCACGAACAUCAAUGUCGAGGACGAGCUGUCCUACCAAAAGGCCGAGAGCUGUGGACUUGCCUCCGUGUUGAACGCUUCAUCUUCCGAAAGCAAAGCCUCUAGUGAAGAUACCUCUGACGACGAGAGAUCUUUCCCGGGCUCGGGAUUGUUCUGGUGCUAUCUCAGUUUGCUUGCUUUGUAUCUGGAGCUGGAAGUGGUGUGA